GUGGAUGGAGAGGGUGUAGUUGUGUUGGCGAUUUGAUUGGCGUGGUUGCGAUGGCGACGGCGGCCGGGGAAGCGAUGCUCCCCGCUGCCCCGGAGCAGCGAGCGGCGGCGGCCGAGCAGUCCCCGGAUCAGGUUCAGCACCACGGACAGCGACCGCAGUCCCCAGCGCCGUGCAACCUGCACACUUACUCCGUUCUGAUUGUCGUUGGAGAAAUCGCCACAGAUAGUCAACUGAGAUCAGCAAUUCUCCACGUUGAACAAGGACUCCGAUCCUGGGAUGUCGACCUCACAUCUUUCAACCUCGACCAACAGCUGCGGCUCUUCGUGACCAGGCAUUCGGCCCAAUUCUCCGCCGAGACCCGAGGUCAGAAGACACUUCACCACAGGAGUGACAUCCUAGAGACGGUGGUCCUAGUUAAUCCUGCUGAAUACACAGUGGCCUCUGAGGUUCACUCACUCGUGACAGACCCGUCUCGCCACAAGCUUUUGGUACUGUGCGGACAGACCUCCGACCAGGGAGACCUCAUUCUGCAGACCGGAACCUACUCUUUUCAAAGAUUCAUUGAGACUUUCGCAGACCCAGAGGUCACAGAAGUGCUGAGCAGUACUGACCUUGACACCAAGGCCUGCAUUACCAUUUGGCACUCUGGAGACGGAGACUGGAGCGAUCUCAAACGACACAGCCUGCAGGGUUUCAUCAGCAUCAAAGUGAACCCUGCCCCCAUGCUGCCGGAGAUGGACGGCGUCUCCGAGUUUACCGAAUACCUCACAGAGUCGGUGGAGGUUCCCUCGCCCUUUGACCUGCUAGAACCUCCGACCUCGGGGGGCUUCCUCAAGUUGUCCAAACCUUGCUGCUACAUCUUCCCCGGGGGGAGGGGCGACUCAGCACUUUUUGCCGUGAACGGGUUCAACAUCCUCGUGGAUGGAGGGUCCGAGAGGAAGUCCUGCUUCUGGAAGCUGGUCCGUCACUUGGACAGGAUUGACUCCAUACUGCUGACACACAUAGGUGCUGACAAUUUACCUGGAAUUAAUGGACUGCUCCAGAGAAAGAUUGCUGAACAGGAUGAGGAGCAAUCCCAAGGGUCCACCACGUACAGUGACUGGAUCAAGAACCUUAUCUCCCCUGAGUUGGGAGUGGUUUUUUUCAAUGUGCCUGACAAAUUAAAGAUGCAUGAAUCCUCUAUGAAGAUUAAAAGGAGCAUUGAAGAGGCUUGUCUAACAUUACAGUACUUGACCAAACUAGGUGUUAAACCAGAACCCCUCAACAGGAUUGUCGGUGCCACAAUUGACCCCAUCCCAUUGUUUCACAAGAUGGGAGUUGGCAGGUUAGAUAUGUAUAUUCUCAACCCAGUGAAAGACAGCAAGGAAAUGCAGUUCCUGAUGCAGAAGUGGGCAGGCAACAGUAAAGCAAAGACUGGCAUCAUGCUACCAAAUGGCAAGGAAGGAGAGAUUUCAGUCCCUUAUCUCACAUCCAUCACGGCUCUAGUUGUGUGGCACCCUGCCAAUCCCACAGAGAAGAUAGUCCGCGUCCUGUUCCCGGGCAAUGCCCCCCAGAAUAAAAUCUUGGAAGGGCUGGAGAAACUGAAACACCUGGACUUCCUCAAAUACCCAGUCGCCACUCAGAAGGACCUUUCUGCUGGUGUGACAACUCCCAUAGUGAAGCAGACCAAAAUGAGACAAAGGACAGACAGCAAAGAGAGCCUCAAAUCUUCGCCCAAGCCUUCGGUGGCCAGGGCAGCGAGGAAGGAGGAACCAGCGGAGGAGGCGCUCCCAAAACAGCCGGAGGUUAAGACAGAAGAAGUGAAGGAGGACAAACCAGAAAAGAAAGAGGAGAAGAAGGCAAAAUCUGAAGUGGAGAAAGCAACGACAGAUGCAAUCAAAACAGAAAAGAAGAAGCUGAUCAAGGAGAAAACUGUCAAAAAACACACCAAAGACAAAUUGGCCAAAUCAGAAGAAAAGAAGGACAAGGAGAAAAAGGAGAUCAAAAAGGAAAGGAGGGAGGUGAAGAAGGAAGAUGCAAAAAGGGAAGAGAAAAAGGAGGUGAAGAAAGAUGAGAAAAAGAAGGAAAAAGAGGCCAAGAAGGAAUCUAAGAAAUCAGUCAAAACUGAUUUAAAGCCGUUCACGCCUGAGGUGAGGAAAACGUUACACAAGGUGAAAGGGCCAGGGAAGAAAAUCGACUCCAGUAAAACCAAAGCAGCAAAAGAGGCCACCGCCACCGAGCAAAAGCUUGAGCCCUCGGCUCCUGGUGCCCUGACAGCUGAGCAAGCGGCCUCCCAGUUACAGGAGGAGAGGUCCAUCAUGUCGUCGCCAGAGGAUCUGACCAAGGAUUUUGAACAGCUGAGAAACGAAGAGGCAGGGAUGGUGGAGGCUGUCUCGGUGGAGCCAGGCAAAGGCCCUGUCCCUGUAGAAGAUACAACUCCUUUGGGAGGGGAGUUCCUUCCUGAUGCGUUAGUGCCUAGCCCUCAGCAGGACAUGAUCAUAGCACCGACCGUUACCGAUGCAAAGAUCCCUCUUCUAUCUCCAGAUGAAGGGAUCAACACAACUGAUGUAGAGGGAGAACCACCACACAAAGAACAGGUUGUUGGCCGACCUGAACCUGCCACAGCAGAGAGGUUUGAGGAUGAAGUUGCAGGAAUGGAGGAAUCAUUGGAAAUGAGCGAAUUGGAAGAGAAGGUGGUAAGGAUGGAGAAGGAUAAAGAGAGUUUCGUUAAGGAUAGGCUCAAAGUUCAACUUGGUGAAGAAAAAGACCACAUUGUUGAGGAACAAGACAAAACACCAGAAAAACCAGAGAGAGAGGUCGGAAGGAAGGAUGAAGUAGAAGAAAUGGAAAAGUGUGAGAGAUACAUUGAAACGUUGGGAGUAAAGGAGCAGGUGGAGGAGAGCGAGGGAGAAGAGGUGGUGGAGAAAGCAGAACUGGAAGAAACAGUGGAAGGUGCAGAAGAAGAUAAGGUCAAAAUCAAAGAGAAAGAAGCAGUGUUUGAUGAAGACCUUAAAACCAAGCUUCAAGUCAGUGACAAACCACUCCAGGAUAUCGCUGAAGAUGAAAAGCCUCCAACAGAGAAAAAGGAAAUUUCAACACCAGGGGACAAAGGUGCUGAGAGUAAGGAAGAGCUAACAGCAGCUCCCCAGCCAACACCAGUGGGGGCGGCCACUGAACCAAUCUCAUACAUUCAGGACGAGACCAUUCCGGGCUAUUCUGAGACUGAGCAAACUAUUUCUGACGAGGAAAUUCAUGACGAGCAGGAAGAUCAGAUGUCACACCUGAAGUAUGAAGUGGACACUUAUGACAUCUCUGUGCCUGAUGACACGCGGUCAUUCGACACGGUCCAUGGGAUGAAGGAGAUGAAGGCUUUGUCAGCAGCUGACACGGGGGCCAAGGGUUUUGCCAGAGAGGAGCCUGUCGUCAUUGUGUACCCCUCGGAGAUUGUUGCUGCCCCACUCGCUGAAGAGGAGCACAUCUCCUCUGCUGCUUCCAUCACCGAGUGUGACAAGCUUUCUUCCUUUGCUACCUCGGUGGCAGAAGACCAAUCAGUGGCGUCGGUAACCGCGCCCCAGACCGAGGAGACAGCAAAGAGUUCCCUGCUGUUGGACACAGUCAACAGCAUGGCCUCCUCCAGGACCGAGGCCACUCAAGGCAGGGACUAUGUCCCAUCUGCAGGCACGAUAUCGCCCACCUCCUCUCUGGAGGAGGACAAAUACUUCAAAUCUCCACCCUCUGAAGAUUUCCACCCUGUGGCCGAAGUUGCGAAGACUGAGGAGGAGGAAGAAGAAUAUGAAGACCAGACGCCAAAUGUGGAGGUCCCGACACAGCUAAGAGACCAAUACGCAUCGAUGUUUCCAGAAAAGAGCGCACCAGCUCCCUACUUACUGGGUGAAUACAUUACUGACGGCCACAGUGCUGACUUCCAAAGCACUGAGCAGAAACCUAAGCCUUCCUUACACUUUGAGGCAGACUUGCCCGAAAGCGAUGACAAAUGCAUCAGCCCAGACGAUAGCACGGUGAAAAUGGCCUCGCCAACUCAAUCAGGACCAACUAGUGCUGGACAUACGCCAUUCCAUCAGUCACCGGUUGAGGAAAGAACAGACUCUGUUGAGGCAGAACUCAUUGAACAGGUUCCAGAGCAAACCUCCCUACUCCCCGACAAGCUGGCACCGAGCAAAGACACAAUGCUACCUAGUUCUCAUCAGAGUCCUGUUAGUGACCUGCCAAUGAAACCUGAGCUAUUCAGGGAACAUUUCUUGCCCUAUUCACCUAUUGUCCUGGACUCCGAUGCCUAUGAGCCUGAGCUGACUUCAAAAGAGAAAAUGCUCCACGAGCAGGAGUUGCGAGCAACAGAAAAAAUGGAGAAAGACGCCCAUGAGACUGAACAUGCGCCAACUGAGAAACUGGAGAGAGAUGUUCAGGAGAAAAAGCCUACCCCAGACAAAGCGACAGAACCAGAAAUAAAACCAGCAGAUACCCGAACACACAAGGAAGAGUUCUUGGAGAAAAAAGUGGAAAUUGGAAAAGUUGUGGAGGAGAAGCCUGUUUUUGGAGAACAGGCACCAACAGGGAUCCCAGAGCUCGAACCAGCAGAUGCUGAAAUGAUGGUGUCCAAGAUUCUGGAGCACAAACCUGGAACCAUUGAAAAACUGGAAACUAGGGACUUGGAGAAAAAAUCUACUGAUGCUGAAAAAGGGGCAACAGAAGCUGCAGAAAAGCAACUUGCAGAUUCCGAUAUUGUGGUUAGAUUGGAGGAAGAAAAAUCAUCUGUCGAUGCUGGAAAAGUGGAAAGAGAGGAAUUGGGAAAGAGAACUGGAGAUGUUGGAAAAGUAGAAAAAGAUGAUUUGGAAAAGAAACCUGGCGAUGUUGGAAUAAUGGAAAAAGAAGACUUUGAAAAGAAAAUAGGAGAUGUGGGAAAAGUAGAAAAAGAGGAUGUGGAAAAAAAAAUUGGGAAUAUUGAAAUAAUUGGAAAAGAGGAUUUGAAGAAGAAAGUGGAAGAUGUUGGAAAAGUUGAAAAAGAAGACUUUGAAAAGAAAAUUGGAGAUGUUGGAAUAAUGGAAAAGGGGGAUUUGGAAAAGAAGCCUGGAGAUGUUGGAAAGCUGGAAAAAGAGGAUUUGGCAAAGAAGGCAAUAGAUUUGGAAAAGAAAAUUGGAGAUGUUGGAAUAAUGGAAAAAGUGGAUGUGGAAAAGAAACCUGAAGGUGUUGGGAAAGUAGAAAAAGAGGAUGCGGAAAAGAGCAUUGAAGACGUUGCAAAAAUGGGAAAAGAGGAUGUGGAAAAGAAACCUGGGGAAGUGGGAAAAGUAGAAAAAGAGGAUGUGGAAACGAAAAUUGGAGAUGUUGAAAUUAUGAGAAAAGAGGAUUUGGAGAAAAAACCCAAAGAUGUUGCAAAAGUAGAAAAACAAGACUUUGAAAAGAAAAUCGGAGACGUAGAAAAAGAGGAUUUGGAAAAGAAACCUGGAGACGUUGGAAAGCAGGAAAAAGAGGACCUGGCAGAAAAGCCAGUAGAUUUGGAAAAGAAAACUGGAGACGUUGCAAAAAUGGAAAGAGAGGAUGUGGAAAAGAAACCUGAAGAUGUUGGGAAAGUAGAAAAAGAGGAUGUGGAAAAGAAAAUUGGAGACGUUGCAAAAAUGGGAAAAGAGGAUGUGGAAAAGAAACCUGAAGAUGUUGGGAAAGUAGAAAAAGAGGAUGUGGAAAAGAAAAUUGGAGACGUUGCAAAAAUGGGAAAAGAGGAUGUGGAAAAGAAACCUGAAGAUGUUGGGAAAGUAGAAAAAGAGGAUGUGGAAAAGAAAAUUGGAGACGUUGCAAAAAUGGGAAAAGAGGAUGUGGAAAAGAAACCUGAAGAUGUUGGAAAAGUUGAAAAGGAGGAUGCGGAAAAGAAAAUUGGAGACGUUGCAAAAAUGGAAAAAGAGGAUGUGGAAAAGAAACCUGAAGAUGUUGAAAAGAUGGAAAAAAUUGAAGCUCAGAAAAAAUCAAUUGAAGUUGAACUGUUGACCAGAGAGGAAAUCAAGAAAGUGGAAAAGGAGGACUUUGCAAAGAAAUCUGAUGAUGUUGAGAAGAUGGAUAAGGAGAUACCAGAGAAGAAAACUCCAGAUGCCAUGAAGGAGAAAAAAGAGACUGAGGAAACCAAAGUUAUGGAUAAAGAAAAAUUGGGCAAAGAUAUAUUAAUGAGUGAACUUGUGGAUUCUACUAAGCCCACAGAAGACAAGAUCCCUGCAGAGGCUGAGAAAAUGGAAAAGUGUGUGCAGGAAAAGGAAGACUUGAUGGAAAAAGGGGUUAAAGACAUCCCUCAGAAGGAAGUUGAAGCUGUGAAAGAACAAUCAACAACUGAAAAAUUUCUCACCGAUACCCCAGAGAAGGAGCAUGCAACAAAAGAUGGUGAGCGACCAGACAGUUUCAAGUCUACAUAUUCCCCAACUGAUACACCAGUAAGCUCCAUCGGUGAGACACGAGGUGUACAAAAAGAUAAAACAGAAAUGCUGUGUGAGUCAGUCUAUUCAUCGGAAGAUGAAGAUCUACCUGUGAUUAUGGAAAGUAAGACAAUACUUGCAGAUCAGUUACCACUGACUACAGAAAAGACAGCCAUGCCAAAAAGUGAGGGGGACCUUUCUGUGAAGCCAACAGUUCCUAAGGACGUUUCACCCGUAGACUAUCAGAGUGUUCCGGUGGAUAAAAUUACACCCACAGAAGUAAAGGAACAUGAUUGGUUACAAUCAGAGACUUCUCUACAUCUUCAGACUAAACCUGCAACAGACUCUGAUUUACCCAAAACGGGAGCAAAGUCAGAAAUUCAGGAAAAUGAAUGCAUCCACCUUGCAGAAGAGAAGACAACAGAGCGUCUAGAAAUAUGGGAAACAGACAGCGCACACACCAGCCCAGAAGAAGAGCAGAAAUCGCCUUCAGAGAUUGGAAGUCUCUCAGCAAGUGAGACUGAACCAAUCAGCACGUACGCACAACCUGCCUUCGACUCCACUCGGUGGGAUCCACCUUCCUACCAAUCGCAAUAUUAUGUGGAAAAGGACUCUGCCGUUCCAACUCUGGAAUCCUGUUUAACCAAGUCAUCUUCACUGAAGGAUUCACUCACUGAAAAGAAGGUGGUGAUGGGGAGCCAGCACAAGCAUUCUUCCUAUGAAGCUGAAAAGCGAGAAUCUCCCAGUGAGCUUGAUUACUCUUGGACUGUAGGGAAAGGGCCUGAAUCUGAGCAUGCAGCAAUGUUUGAAAAGGAACUUGACCUACCCCAGGAGCUGAAGCCUUCGGUUCCAUUUCCUCCCGAACCCGAACGUUCUCAGACUCGCGCAGAGCAACUUGUUACUGCUGUUUCCAUGAUGGGACGUGUGGCUGAAGAGUCGAUCAAGAAACCAACUGGGGAGAGCUUCACAAAAGAAGGGAAGCAACUGGACAGUUUUACAGGUGAUGCUGUGUUUAAAGACGAGGAGCGAGCCCUGGGGCAAAAGGACGUCUAUCCUCCCCCUAGUGAGUAUGAGUACGCAGAUAUUUUGAGAGAAAGAGAGGUCGUGAGUUCCAGUAGGUUAACUCACCAUCCACCUGAAGCAUUCGGAGAUCCGUUAUUACUGUUAGACUACCAGCCUGCAUCCCAGAAAGCAACUAGCCCCUCGCCUGCUGCAGAAGUUGACUCCAGGACUGCGCUGGAAGAUAUUUCAUCAGCCAAGGCCCCUGAAGCUGGGAGGAAAGCCUUCACCUACACAGAGAUCGAUGAGAAAGUCACUGCUCUGGGCCUUGAAAACCUGGCAAAGUCUCAGAGGGAAGCGGAAUCGAGAGAUUUUGACUACCUCUCCCGGGAGAGAGAGCUGCCCUUCGAAAUGACCUGGGAGGCUGGGCAGCCUAGAAUGGACUCAGCACCCACGCAGAAAGAUCUAUCGCCUUGUAGCUUUCCACCAGAGGAACCAACCAUGAAGCCUCCACUUUCGGAAGGUGAGCCGAGAGCUGAAGAGUCGGUUUGCUGUACGGAAAUUCCAGACGUGCAUGGACCUCCAUCUCCAACGUUGAAAGAAGCCUCGCUGAGUGCGUUGGGGCAAGGAAAGGGUUGGGAGCUCUCUGAAACAACAGUGGAAGCUGGUCAGGAUGGGCAAGCCAAAGCAGACUUAGUGCAUCGUCCUGCUCAGCUCGAAGACAGAGAGAUCCCAGCUCAAAGCAUCAUAGAGUCAGAAGACAGGUCCACCCCAUCACUGCCUUAUACUGAGAUCCCACAUUUAGACGUUACUGCCUUAGGGAGCAGCAUUGAAUACACCUCAAUGGGGCAAAGAGAACCAGAUUCAAAUAUCCUGGGCUAUUAUGAGAAGGAAGCCGAUGAAAGCAGCAGCGACUCGGAGUUAGAGAAAGGUGCCAAAGAGAAAUCCGAGAAAGAAUCUCCAUUGGGAAAAUCUCACCCAGAAAAGGAGCAGGGUGCUUCCUACUCGGAAAUGCAGGAAGUGGGUGGGAUCGCUGUGUGCCCCAGUGUUGGCCAGCAGCCGUGGGGGUACACAUUGAGUACAGUAGGCAGUGUCCCCAAACAAUGUGGCCAUGAGGAGACUCAGAAGGAGCUGCAGCUACCGAAAUCCGAGAAAGAGCAGCUUACUUCCAGCGGUGAGGAAAAGGAUGUCUUGUGCCCCGGCGAUCUCGCAGGCUUUUCCCACGGACUAAAGCACCCUCCUACCGACGGCAGCGAUGCAGGGCAUCAAGAGCAAGUCAGAUCCCAGCCACAAAUGUUCCCCUUCACCGAGCCUCGGGGCACGGUGCCAUCCGAAGAGGUAGGGAAAGAUCCUGAAGAAACCAGACUCCGGGAGGGACAGGUGCAGCCAAUUCCGGACGAUCUCUGCCUUGGCCGGGAUCAGGAGUCUCUCGGAUCUAUUCAGCAGUCCCCACCUGCUGUUCUCGCAGAGUCGUGGACAACAAAAUCCAAAUGCCCAGAGCUGGAGAGUGUAAAGCAUUCCGGGGCUCCAUGUGAAUAUUCCUCCUUUAUGGAGGAGAGACCGUUCCUGGCUGCACCGUUACAAGACAGCAGGAUAAAGGAUGAAUACUUGGAGGUGUCGCCAAAAGGUGAAUCUCUAAUGUCACUUCCGAGUCCAUUUGUGGAAUGUAAACCAUUCCCACAGGCCGAUCCAGGGGAGCCGAGCGGUGCAAAGUUGGAGGAAGGUCACUGUGCCUCAGCUCAGCCCCAACAAUCCUCCCUCCAGCCUCCCUUGCCUUCCUGCGCCACCACGGUUUUGCCGGGAACUCCCGGUGAAGCCAAAGGGAGAAGCCUGGAUGAGGUCUCUGCCCUGGUCCCAGCAGACGAGGCAGCCUCCCAGUCUGAGGAAGCGGAGGACCUCUUGCCUCUGCCCGUGGAACAUGGCUCAGCUUACCUGUGUGACAUUGAAGACUCCACGCUAUCCUGUCGGGUGGAAUGCCAACGGUCAGAGGCCUCUCCCUCUGCGCGCGAAACAACACUGGAGAAGGUAGUGGUGCCAUCGGAGGUUGGGCAGCUGCUGGAGGAAAGCAGGGCAGCUCAGCCGCUGACCCUGUUCCAACCCCCUCCUCCAACUCAGCAGUUGCCAGCCACCAGCAAUGGCCCGACGGAGAUGAGCUUCAGCCCCCUGUCGGCGCAGGGCACCCCGGAGAAAGAUCGAGACUCCUUCAGCACCUCAGCAAUGUCAGGCGACAAAAGCAGCCCGGGCUCCGAGCACGGAAAAUCUUGCUCCGAGGACGAGGCAGAGUGUCUAGUCCGGCCGUCCUCUCUCACCUCCGCUGACCAGACCUUCCGGCCCUUUCUGCCGGAUGCUCAGAGGGGCAGCAUGGCAGGUGACCAGGGGGACGCUGCCCAUGAGUUGGAAGGGUGCCCGGGGGCGAUGUCUGACCACAAGCUGGGCUUCACCUCGAGCGAGUACAAGCACCAGAAGGACGAGCUCUCGCCCUCAUUCAUCAACCCGAGCCCCCACGAGCUGUCCGACGACGAUGACGACGGCCAUUCCCAGGACGAUGUCCGUACCUCGGUCCAGAAGCACUGCGCCCCCCAGCUGUUGGGUAACCAACCCCAUGUGACCCUGGGUGAAGAAACGCCGCCUACCUCAGGCAGCGAAUCAUUCCCCUUGAACUCUGACUCUGAUGUCCCCCCUGAAACCGAGGAGUGUCCCUCAAUCACUGCUGAUGCUGCCAUUGACUCUGACGAAGAUGCAGACUACCUUCCUGUUGACAAGACCACUGGCUCAGCUCACCAUUCAGCUGCGCGACCAGGCCUUGACCCACCACCUGCUCCCUUGGUGGACCCUCAGCCUCACCCCCCACAGCCGGACGUCUGCAUGGUCGAUCCAGAUGUCCUGGCCAACGAGCAGAACAUCAGCAAGGCGGAACGACUGAUGAAGAAGGACCUGAAAGACAAGGUGAAGAGCACAAAGAAAACGAUGAACAAGUCGAAGUCGGCGUCUCCCGGACGGAAAGUGGAGUUGAAGGGGAAGCAGCCGGCAGCCCCUGCCAGGCCGUCUCCAGCCAAAGACUCCGCUGAGAAAUCGCCGAAGGCAGCUUCGACAAAGAAGAAGGAGAAAGAGCCGUCUGAAAAAGUGCGAGCCUCCAGGGCAAGCGAUGUUCACGUGUCCCGGGCCGAUGACCGAGACGAUAUCUCCAGGUCCAGCCAGCCCAGCAUGGGCAAGGCUAUGGUCAAUGGGAUCAAGUCAAAUUCAGCCUCUACCAACUCCAAGCCCAGCUCGACAGUGCCCCCAGGCCCUCCAGUGUACGUGGACCUGGCCUACAUUCCCAACCACUGCAGCGGGAAGAACGUAGACCUGGAAUUCUUCAAACGUGUCCGAUCCUCCUAUUACGUGGUGAGCGGGAAUGACCCUGGGAGUGGAGAACCAAGCAGAGCUGUGCUGGAUGCCCUUUUGGAAGGAAAGGCCCAAUGGGGCAACAAUCUUCAGGUGACUCUAAUACCAACCCAUGAUACGGAAGUGACGCGGGAGUGGUACCAACAGACCCACGAGCGACAGCAAGAGCUAAACGUCAUGGUGCUGGCCAGCAGCAGCACGGUGGUAAUGCAGGAUGAGUCGUUCCCAGCAUGCAAGAUUGAAUUCUGAGCUCACCCACCUCCAAUCACCCUGCUUGCCAACCUGAUGGAGGAACCCUGCUUUGUCAUUCCCUUCUUAUCUUCCUACACUAAUUUUUAUUUUUAAACUAAGGUCAAAAGCGCAUUUUAAGGCUAUAUUUGCAGCUUAAUGUUAAGAAAAGGAAACAAAAUGAGUGUGACAGCCUCCACAAAAAGGGGACUAGUUUGGAGACUGAUUUGCUGUUGGGGGAUUCAUUUUACUGUGGAUCAUCUCAAAGAUGUUACUGUUUCUGCACAUCGACGAUUGGAACUGGGACACCAUUGAAAUAAUUAGUUUAUUUCUAUACUCAUUGCAUGGUUUCAUAGAUGUGGAAGGCUGCCUGCUUAACUUAAGAUGAUUGUCAGAUUUUCACUCCAAGUGAACAUGUCCAGUUCAAUGAUUCCCUUUGCAGGUUAAGGGACUAAGAUGGUUUUGAGGAACUUAAUUUUAAGAGUACAUUUUGUAUGAAAAGGAAACUUUGCCUCCUAGGCUCGAACGAAAACACACCUUUCAUUUCCAGAGUAGCAUCCACACCCUUCUCUACCCUCUAACUUCAGGCAGGUGGUGAAAAUGUGCGAUAGCAACAUAGAGUUGGAAGAGGGGGCGAGUUAGUAGUUCCUCGUUCGAUUCUCCGCUCUGUAAACUGGCCAUGAUGUAAUGAUGCUCCAGAGUCAGAACUGCAGACUGUUACAAGUCUAACCUUGGGGGUGACAAGUACCAAAAGUCAGAUCAUAGAGGGGAGCAUUAGAUGUAAUGACUUGGUAUAGCAGCUGAAACUGAGACAGUGUUAACACUGGGAUUCAGAUUAAUUGGGUUGGAGAUCAAACAGUCCACUUCCUGGUAUUGUCAGUCCUCUUGUUACAAAGUAUUUAAAUUAUUUUUCUAUCGGUUGUCCAAAAUUUCCUUAAAAGCGGGGACUGAUCAUGUUUUGGGGCAAUCUAUGCAGGGAAUACUUCCAUGAGUGUGGAAGCCUGUCAGUUAUUCAGGCAUUUUCAGUGUUUGCCAUGAGUUACAAUGCAACUGUGAACAAGACACAUGAGCAAUAGAUACUGAUAUAUAUUUAAAGAGACAGAAUCCUUUUUUGUACCAGUCACCUCAAACUGGACGACAAAAACUAUCCCUGCAUAAAAUACAAAUACAGAACUUGGACUAAAGAUCAAUUCACUUUAUUUCUAGCCAUCACAUUAGUUAAAUUGUUUGAGUUGUGUAAAGAAACUCUGACUUUGGAACUGAGAAUUUACCUUUUAAAGGGGUUUUGUUUCAAGUGCUAAACACAACCUAUCAAAGCUAACAAAAGGGGGCCUGUCUCUUUAAGAAGGCAAUAUCUGGUUUUAAAUAGUACUACUUAAAGUUAUCAGUCUUUAAGCACACACACUUCACUGGGCAGAUUCUGAUCCCACAGGUCAAGUGUGCUUUAGAAAGGCUAGUGAUGAUUCCUGUGUGUUUCCCAACAGACAUCCUCAAUGUGAGCUUAUUGUCAAAGGCGUUUGAAGCUUGCCGGACUGAGCGGAACACAUCACUGAUGCAGUGUAUUGUGUGCUUUGCGGACCAAUAAACAAAGUGUACAAAGCAGUGAGCUAUGGUGCAGGGGGUUCACUGUAAUAGUUCCAUCUCAGUGUAAUACAUCUCGAGCUGCAUUCCAGUGACCUCCCUGUUUAGCCAUCGAAUCAGAUUUUACCCAUGGUUUUUCAUGGGGCAGUUCUGAUUCUUCGGCAAAUCGAAAAUGAUGAUGUCUUGAUGUUGAUAAUGUUGCUUAGAGCCAAGUGUUAAGUUCUCACUGGAUCUGACCACCCCUCCCCGCCUCAAACUCCUGGUAGUGGUCAUGACCUCAGUGACACAGCAAUCGAUGGACGAUUAGACCACUGCAUGUUGUACGAGAUCAGGAUACCAUGACCAGACAGCUCCCUAUUUUGAGUAUUGGGAUUUAAUGACAACGGCAGGGUGAGGUGGGGGGGGGGGGGUGUUAAAGUUGGAUAUUGCCUUUUAAACAAACCAAAGGAAGUGUGAGGAACCUCCAUUGUGCUUAAAUAUCAGGUGUGGUUGCCUUAGACAUUAGGAUGAAUGUAGCUAAAUUAAUGCACUACUGCUGCAGCAAUGCAGAGCUGGGACUGGCUGUGUUGUUUUUGUGUUGCCAAUUUACUGCGCUCUGUUCGUGGGCAUAUUUCGGGCAGUGUGGUCCCACUGUCGAUUUCGAGGGAGUUCUGUUUUUGUUGUGUCAUUUCCUUAAAAUCCCACAAGAGGUUUAAACUAAUAGUGUAGGGGACCAAAUCUAUAUCCAACUCGGAUUUAAGGGAAGAGUAAUAUUGUGAUAAAAUUGUGCAGCGUAGGGGAACGACUCCCUGACAGUAGGUUGAACAAGUCUUUGGCUUUACUGUUGUUUUCAGUCGAUUCAUAUAGCUAUGUAGGUGCUCCAUUUCCUAAGCAUUUCAUUGCAGCUGUUGUUAGUCUAAAACAAUUUCGACCAGAACUAUUUGCCCCUUUUAUUUCUCCUGUCACCUCUUAUCAGUUCUGUAAGUUCCAUCAGGUGAUGGCUAAUUCUACCCAGCACGGAGUCCCUUGAACAAUAGAUUAGUCACUAAUUACACUGCAGACUGACACCCCUCUGGAUGCGUCUGUUGUCAAAAUAAUAGGUGCUCAACACAAUAGAGGCUGCUUUUCUCGAGUACCUUCACUUGAAGCUAGCUAAAUAUGAACAACCCCCAAACAACUGAAGUAACAAAUAGUCAACCAAGUUAAACAGUCACACUCUGAGAAUCAGAUCUUCCAGUUAGUCUGGCAGAAUGAUUUUGGGGAGCAUUGGGGGAUACGUUUUUUUGUUCUGAACAUGCUGGGGUGGGUGUGUAAGAAUUUCCCUUUCAGUUUUGAAGCUAAUAGAGUUAAAUGCCCACUUCUGGGGAAAAAAAGAACACUGCGGAAAAAAGUAAACUGACAAAGGAAGAGAGAAGCAAGAAUUAGGAUUUAAAAACAGUAGCAGAAAGUGCUGGAGAAACUCAGUGGGUCUAGCAGUAUCUGUGGAAAGAAAAAAGACAGUUAAUAUAUAGAGUGCAGUAUGACUUCAGAACUGAGUUGCUUGCAAAGUAUGAGUUGGUUACACUGUGCACUAAUUAUAUUUGAGACUGUUUCAUUGCUGGAUACGUCUGAAGAGUUGUAUCAGAUCCAGAACAUUACCUCUGUGUCUCCCUUCACAAAUGCUGCAAGAACAGCUGAGUCGCUCCAGCAUUUUUUUAUUUUCACUUCAAAUCCCCAGCGUCCACAGUAUUGGGCUUCUGUUAUGGGAUAGUGACCAACUCUGGUUCCUGUUCAUUGCUGGAGCAGGGAAAUUGAGGCAAUGUGACAAUGUGUUGGUUUUGUUAAGCACAGGAUCUCGACGCACAUAAUUUAACCUUGUCUAUAGCAGAGGGAAAUGUUGAGGACCUGAGUCAUUCCCUCUGUGUGUGUGUGUGUGUGUGUGUGUGUGUGUGUGUGUGUUGGAAGCGGGUUGGUAUGGAUGUAUAAUGUGGGUUUGUAUAUAUUUAAUGUAUGUGCAUCUAGGCAGCUCAAUAGGAUGACAAUGGAAUGUCCCAAGCAUCCGAUCUCAAGGCAUCUAGAUUUGCAUUUGGAAGUCUUUAACACAGUGUAUAAACAUCUGUAGUUUAGCCUCUGUUGGGUCAGUGUAUAAUGUAAUGCAUAAAAAGUGAGAUGUAUUGUACCUGGUACUGGAUCUGUCCAAAAGCAGAUCAGUGUUUGAGAGUGAAGCCCACAGAUUGAACAGAUUGGUCUGUGCUGUUGGCUGUAGAUCAUUCUUUCUUUUGAAACGUAGUGCUAUCCAAAAUUGAGGGAGGCAUUUAGAUUAGCAGAGGAAGUGUGUAAAGUCUGUUUUGAUCUGAUACUUUAUCUCAUUAGCAUGUUAAACAAAUUGUACAGUGUUAGGAGGCACUGUGGUACUAAACAUGGAGAGGAAAGCAUUCGAAAUGUGCAUUUGAUGUCAGUGAAUUGGCAUUUCUCCAGUUGACAGCUUUUUCACUUCAGAGAGUAGCACUGACACUGAAAUAGAUGACGGAUUGUGAAGUAGACUUUCCACAGUGACCGUAGCACCAGGAAUACGGAGUCCUCUCCCCAGUAUCCCAACGUAUAGGAGGGCAACAAUUUAUUCUUGCAUUACUUCCCUCCAGAUUACCAACCACCUGGUUCUGGAAUCCUUAAAUCCCCUCUGCCCCCUCCCCACCCCCAAGAUAUUUAGGACUUCAUCUUGAACAAGGGGAAAGUGCAGAUUAGAAGAAGGUACUAAAGGGAGUAUUGUUAGUUUUGGGUUGUUUAUAACUUGAGAAAUGUAAAAGGUUUUUUUCUUCUUUUAAUAUGUUUACUUUGUUAUUUCAAGAUCCUCUCCUCAAAAGGAGUGGGCCCGCACUUUUCAUCGUGACAGUGUUCUAACCAUAUUUCUUCAGUACAAAACCUUGUAUAUGUUUGACCAUGACGUUCUACAACAUGAGUUAUUCAUCAUUAGAUUAUAGGGAACAUAACUGAAGUCCAAAGGGAGAUCAGUUCUUGUGAAGCGUAAUUUAUAAUUUAUUUGUCUUGUAGAUUAUAAUCAGUGUUUUAUAUAGAUUUAUAGUUUGUUAAUUUAUAAGCACAACUCUAACCAGUAUUGUUGGAUGACAUGUUUACAUAGUCUGUUUGCACUCCAUUUAUAGAGGCUAUGCCUUUCACAUGGGUUCAUUUGCAUUUAUAUUUUAAUUCUGAAGUCUAAGAGUCAAUGGAACAAAUUCUCUUCUCAUUUCGAUCACAAAUACAUUUUCUGUUGUUUAAAGAAAGGUGCUGAACUUCCAGUUUAGCGUGAGAUUUUUCAGUAACUUUUUUUCUUGAAGAAGUUUCUCCCCCACCCCUUCCACUUCCAGGAGAGUAUUGACACAGAUCCCGAAAGGUCAUAAUUUGGUUGUGAUAUAUUUAAUUCCUCCAUUGUUUUCAUUCACACUGAAGGAAUGACCACUCAAUUUACCACUGCCAGUCUGCUCGCAGCCUAAAUACAUUUCUCACCCCCUCCACCUUCCCUAUCGGUGACUAUUCACCUGUUCCCUGUCUUCUUGCAGCCUAAUUACACUCUCCCUGGUUCCCCUGUAAAUCUCCAUAUUCUGUUUGACAUAGAGCAAAGUUCUCCCACAAUAUUCUUUCCAAUUUUGCAUCAAACUAUCCCAUCCUAACCCGCAGUUUACAGGAUGAGCCCAGAACCUGUCUACAGAGAAUGCGUCUGACCCCUGGGACCAGCUCAGCCUAAAUCCAGUCUUGUAAUGUCUAAACUGUUGCCAACCAGACAUCAGCCUCAGAUCUUUAAUAAAAUGCAUCCUUAACACUCUGGGACUAAGUGAAGUUCUGCAGUCUUUCAAUUUCCAAAUCUCCAACAGUGUGUCAAACAACUUGCCUUUUCUCGUGUCCUAGUAAUUAUUUUCAUGCUGCCUUGGCCUUUGUGCUGUUUUCUGUUAUGGGGUGGCCAUGGUGGUACGUAUUGACUCCGUUCAGUUGUGUGUUAUUUCAAGCCCUUCCCACAGGGAGGUGGUUUCUUUCAUCUCAUUCCUGUGCAAGUUUGUUCAGUUCUGACAAUCUAAUCAUCACCACAUCGAGAGAGAGAGAGAUAGAGAUGUACGUCUUGGCAGGACCAAGGAAAAAUGGAUCAAGAUGUUCAGUGCAGUACUAUGGAGAAAGAACAGAGGAGUAAGACUAAUUAGAUAACUUCCAGAGAGCUAGUACCAGUGCGAUUGGCUGAAUGGCCUUGUUGCUGUAUCAUUCUGUAAUUGGAUAACUAAUUGCAAAAUCCCUUGAAAGCUGGUUCCCAAACGUCUAGCCAUCAGCUGGACAGAUAAACCAAAGCCAAGAUAUUGGAUUGAUAUCUUUUGUAGAACAGCUGCUUUUUCAGAGACAGUUUCAGAAUUCGGUUUCUGGUUUUUGGGCUUUUUGUUUUCAAACUAUUUAUUGUUUCUGUUUAAUAGAGUUUGAGCAACUCUUAGACCCUAAGACGCUUAGAUGGGCAGUGGCCAGUUCAGAAGGUGCAGUGAACUCAGUCACAUAAUGCUGUCUGAAUCCUCCAGAGUGUGGGAAUUUUAUCUCUUCCUUCCAUUGGACCAAACAUUAAAGUGAAACUAGGGAACGGGCACAGGAGUGGGAGUCAGAGGAGGGUAGGUAUUAAUAUAUAGGCCCAAUGUUCUCUGACUGCACUCCCUCUUCCUUAAUCUUUUAUCAUCAUUUGACUUCAGAAUCCAGAAGCUCCUUAAGUUUUACUCUGUGUUAGCUUGACGGUACAACCUUAACCCACUCAAUCCUGGUCGGGAUAACAAAUAUAAUGUUGCGGUAUCCCAAUAAAUUGCCUUUAAAAACAAAUAAAAUUCUGCACCUGCCCCCCUCUCUGGUUGGAUUUUGCCAAGUUUGCCUGAAUGCUGAAGGCCAGUAUUAAGCAACGUUGUGGAAGAUGCUCCAUUGAUGUUCAAAAGAUAUUCCCUCUACCCCACCCCAAAUAUUUGCCCCAAUUUCCUGAGCCCCCAGAGUCAAUGCUCUGGGCAUUACGUAUGAUGUGCAAGCUUCAGUUUUCUGUUCGCUCGCAAAGAUAGCGAGCUAGACUGGUACUGCCUGCUGCCAAGUUCACAGUAAUUCCACGUUGUUUACACAGCAAUAAAUUUAAUGAGCAUUAGUCAAGAGAAUUGAGAAGCAGGUUUUUGUGAAUCUUGUCAAAUGCACCAUAGUUUAUCCUUGCCUUGGCAUUAGGACAAGCCUCUUGCUUGCUGCCAUCUUUUAUUAGGAUGGUCCUACUCCACUAAUAGUGGCAGACAAUGACCCUAAAUCGGCCUUGUACUGUUGUAGUCUUUUUAUCUUGUUCCUCUCUAUUAACCGUCUCAAAAUCUUGUACAUUGUCGACGUCAACACGAGCAUCCUAUUCUUCCUUCCGUCACAGUGAUUUUGAUUAUUUUUAAUUUAACUUUUCAACUGCAUUUUCUAACACACGAAUCCAAAAGGGACCCAACUAUUCAUCAUUUAUCAAUGAGUGCCCUCAUCCCAGCUCCUACAAUGCACAUUCUAAUCAGAAUUGUUUUGAGGCAGUGGGGAGAGCAAUAGUCGAAAUUAAUGUUGAACAUUCCCUGCUUUGUGUGUGACUGAAUUAUUUGCAAAAAAGACCCUUUUCCUUGUGACCAGUAUCUGUCUGUUUAUAAACUACUGACUCCUUCUGAUUUGAAGACUCCACUGACCAGUUUCUGUUUGCAGUAAACUGGUCACCAUUCAAAUUUUAAAAGGUUAAUCCCUUUAUCUCCCCCCAACCGUACCAUUAAUCUUCAGAUUUCAAAGGCACCAUUUCUUUAGAGAUGAGGUGGAUGCCACUGAACAUUUCUGAAAGAGCCCAAGGCAUGUUGACUGGGUCUUCCCAGUGUGUUUUAAAAUUUAUAUAUAUGUGAAAAAGCUAUUUGAUUUUAUUUCAAGUUUUAAAAAAAAGGUGUGAAUGAAAAUUUUCCAUAAAGGCUAUCCAUUUUAGCACAGAUAGGUGUUUAAAAAAAAGAACGUACUGAAUACUUAAAAAAAACAAAGAUGUACAUGUGAGUGUAGAAACUGGCAAAGGAUGUAUUGUGAGCUAAAGAAUAUUGACCUCUCUGACAAUACCAUUUGUGUUUACUGUCUCUAACUGUGAAUACAUCAACCCUUGCAAUCCCGUGGGAGAUACAAAGAGCUAAAUUCAGCACAUUUCCACUUUAAUUUUUCAGUUGGAAGUUCAACGGGAGAGUUUGGGGUUUUCAAAUAUGGGGGAAAGAAUUGUAAUUCAGCAAAAAUUUUUUUAAAAAGAGCCUGUCAAAACUCUUUAGAUUUAAUACAAAGAUGAUAUUACAUUUGAGACACACCCCUGUUUAGAAUAGGACAUUGGGAAUUUAAUUAAAACUUUUUAAGGAAAAGAGACCUCUUGCUUGGUUUUUGCAUGUGACAUUUAUCCCUAUGUUAUAUUCCUGUAUGUAAUAGUUUUAAAAAAUUGAAAAAGAUAUAAAAAGCAACUUAACUGUAAUCAGAUGGACUUGUAAACAUCCUGAAGCUUUCCUCCUUUCAGUUUCAUGGUGUAAAAACAAUACUGUAGUGAUCAUUUCUCUGCGCAAUAUUAAUAUUUAGUUCAGAAUUUGUGUGCAAUAUUCUGUAUCUCUUAAUCGCGAACUACUGAAAUUUAUUGUAAAAGGGAACAGUCUGAUUAUCGCCAAUAAAAAAAGUACAUCUAUUAAAA